ACUUCAAGUAAAAAAGCUAACCUCUAAAGUUUAAAUGUUUGGUAAUCGGUAAAUUUAAAUAUUUUCAUAAAAUUUCUUCAAAAUCAUGCAAAAGCUAAGGCAUUUGAACACAUCGAAAUUACAGUUCCCAUAUAAAAAGGAUGUUGUAGUGAAUUCUAACUGCGAAAAGUUGAAAUACUGCAUAUUUUGGGGUUCUGUUAAUGUAGUUCUGGUAGCAAUAAUCUCAUUUCAUAUAUGGAAUACGAUUCCUAAUUAUGUUCCGGCAAUUUUGUAUGCAGAAUGUGUAUUACUUCUAAUUUUUUUAUUAAAUUUACUUUGUUACAUUAAGCGUUAUGUAAGUGUUAUUGAUGAAACGUCCAAGAUAGAAAGUAAAAAAGUUGAGUUAUCUUCAUCGCGGGAAAGAGAAAGUGACCUGUCUUUUCCAUCGUAUAAUGUAGUUAAGCACACCCAUUUUAGUAAAACACUACCGACAUCCAGUACACCAAUAGACCGAUCUGCUCGGCAUUGGACAUCAACUAAUGUAAAUACGUCACUCGACUUUAUCCGCAGCUCUCCGAACAAUUCCGCAUCGAAAUUAUUUUUUAACUCUUCAGAAUCGAACUUAAUCAGAGAUGAAAACUCCUUAAAUCAUUAUUUGAAGAGAUAUGAAACCCAUAUCGUAGCCCCCAAGGCAAAUUUUUCAAAUGAACAAUCCUCAAAUUUAUUAACUACAUUUUGGAGCGAUUCCUCGUCAAAAGCCUUAGAAGGGUCACCUAUUCUAACAAAAUGUAGUUAUCAUUUAUCCUCACUACCACCAGCGAAUUUGAGUAGUCAGUCCGAUAGCAAACUCAUUUCAUCCCCCGAUAAUUGCAUAUCCGAUCCAUGGAAAAGGUAUGAUAUAAACAACGAGACACUCACACAAUGGAACGCAAAUAUUCGAAAGUGGCUUUCACAAAACAUACUAGACUGUUUAUCAAAAGAAAUGGACGAAAUCGAUAGUUCUUUACAAAAACACGGAGUGUCUGAUGUACAAAUGGGGUACGUUGGUCUGGAUCGCCUUCGCCAAACGGCACAGUCUAAUAUGAUUCUUCAAUUUUUACCCAAUUUGUCAAUACUGGUACCGUUUUUAGAAGUGACAACGAAUCAAGAGUAUUUAGUGAAUCGAAUAAGGCAACUUGCCCGAGGUGGUUGUAUGAGUGAUUUUAAAUGGAAUGGAGGUGGCAGAUUUAAUGAUAAAGAAUGGAACAAUACUCUACCAUCUGAUAGUCAGAUAAUGAUGCAUUUGUUCAUUACAUACAUGGACACACAGCUAUUGCCGGUCCCGAAUCAUCCCGAAAUAAAGCCCUUCAGUGGUCAUUAUUACAUUAAAUUGAACGAAGAAGUUCCUUCUGGAGUCAAAUUUGCUAUCCAGCAUUGUCGUGAGAAUCCCCCACAUUUUCGAGUGCAUGCAGGAGGAGAAGUUUACGAAAUAGCUCAGGGUUAUAAUAACCUAUUCCAUACCAUUUUAUUUUUUUUGCAUCGCGUGAAUGAAAUCGAAUAUGGAAUGUUGGGCGGCAUUAAUUUAGGCAGGUCUGGGGUGAACAUACUGUGGGUUAUUGAUAACUAAUUUGCCAUUUGUUCUUCAUUGUGAUAACUGAUCAAUAAAUUGAAGACUGUUCGGACUUUA